CAGAGUGUCAUGCGACAAUGAAGGCAACAAUCAAGAUAUUGUUGUUAGUAUAUCUAUACGCCCCCUACAUAUAGAUGACAAGAAGAUAAAGAAGUGACGAGAAAGAAGAAUGAAGCCAUGGAGAAGAAGAAGAAUGAGUGAAUCGUAUUAUUUCAAGGGAACUAAUUCUUCAAACCUGCAAAGAAAAAGGUUGCGUCAUUGUUUGUGUGGAAUCGAGACGCCAUUGGCGACUUCGUGGAUACUCGAAAACCCUAGAAGGAUAUUUUAUGGCUAUGGUUUAUUUAAGAUUUAUGGCAAAAAAGCAUGCAAAUGUUUUGACUCGUUUGAUGAUGAGACGAGUGAUCGGACCAAAGAGGUUAUAUUAUCUUUACUAAAGAAGAUUGAUGAGAUGAAGAAGAAGAAAAAUGAGUCAAAGAUAAUAGAGAAUGAUUUGAAGAUGAACAUUAAAUGUAUAGAGAAAGAGCUGGAGAAGAAGUAUACAUUUGACAGAGUCAUAAUUGUAUUAUCAUUGGUGGUUUGUAAUGUUGAUGGUGUUUGCAAAUGUUGCAACACAUGUUAUGAAAUAUGUUGUUUAAAGUAGCAUGCUCCUAUGUCAAAUAAUUAUAGUUGGUGUGUUGUUUAUGUUUUAUUUUA